CGCGGAUACUAUCGCCGCGCAGGCCGACCUAACCCAAAGUUCUACUCAAAAUCAGCCUCAGACCGCAAGAGCCGUGGCGCUGUUGACUGCCGAAUUGGUCUGCUCCGGCCAGUAAAUGAUCCGUUACUAUUGUGUAGCAGAAGGAUCUACACAUGCUUGAAAAGUCCGCCCGGAAUACAGAGCGAUUUUGCACUCUGUUCGGGCGAAGUCACGCCGCGUGCUCUGUGUUACCUGUCGAGUGCGCGUGUCUACAUCGUUAUUCGUGAUUACCGCAUAACUGUUUCGUGUGUUUUUUUAAUUUAAUUUCAUUCAAGUCCGUAUCAUUGUUUUCAUUUUAAACUAAUCGAUAUAUGAAAUAGUAUGGUAUCUCGUGACACGUUUCUUCUGACACUAGCCUUAGUGUCCGGAUUUUUGGUUGUUUCUAUGGAUGCUCAAUCCUGGGAUUUCGCUGUAGCAAUUCGUAAUCGAAUUGAUUUUUAUUCACGAAAUGGAACGCUGACUUUCAAUUUGACAGUUGACAAGGAUGCGACGCUGAAAGGCCUUGCCUAUGAUUACGACACUCAAACAGUGUACAUGAGUGAUUCCAAAAAUACAGGUGUUUUCAUGUACAGUCAUAAGCUGGGCGACAAAUCUCCCGUACCAUCGUCUGUACUAAAACCUGAGGAAACCUCGAUUUCAGAAGUAGUGGCGAUAGUAUUCGACCCUCUUCAGAAAAUGCUCUAUUGGACCGAUCAAUCACUCAAAGCAUUAAUGAAAAUGAAAGUACCUUCAAAAGAAAAUCCUAAACCUACGCCGAUUCGGUUGCACAAUUUCACAGACCACAAUCCUCACGGUAUAGCGCUGGAUAUCUGUAACAGGUACAUUUAUUGGGCUAACAAUGACUUCUCUAAACACAGCAUAGAACGAUCAAAACUGGAUGGUUCUGAUAGGAGAGUAAUUGUUGAUACUGAAUUGUAUCAAGUUUACGGCUUAGCGGUUGAUCAUGAAGGUGGAAAAUUGUAUUGGACUGACGACUCAGAAGGUAUUGACUAUAAAAUUGAGCGCAGUGAUUUGGAUGGAAAUGAAAGGGAAAUAUUGUGGGAGGGUAGUUCUCAAAAACCAGCUUAUAUCGCGGUGGACAAGGACUCAGUGUAUUGGACGGAUUGGACAUCAGACGCAAUAUGGAAGAUAAGAAAGAACCGUAACACCCAAGAUAAACCAGUCGAAGUUGUGUCUUACAAAAAAUUGCAUCUCUUUCUUGCCGAGAGUGUUAUAACUCGGGAGAAUACUGGAAAUAUUGAUUGUAAAGCUAUAUCAGGAAGACAAGAUAAACUAACAAAAAAUCUCAUGCUGACAACGCCUCCUGUCGAGUUCCGUAAUAACGCAACGACUAACACUCCAGAAACAACCCAGUUACACUUGAACUGCCAAAACAACAGCUAUUAUGAUGAAUCAACUUCAUCUUGUCGCUGUAACGAAGGAUUCAUCGGAGCUUAUUGCGAUACACUAUCCCCAUGCAAUAAUUAUUGCAUCCAUGGAAACUGUACACUUGACAAUAAAGGCUUGCCUCAAUGUCAGUGCCCGAGUUCGUAUGCUGGGGAACGAUGUGAGCGAUAUAUUUGCGAUGGUUAUUGCCUCAACAAUGGUUCUUGCUCAGUAUCGAAUGCAAUGCCGUUGUGCAAAUGUGAACAUUCUCGAGGACCUCGUUGCGAAUAUACUACAGAAUUAGAUGAACUUUGCUCUCGAUAUUGUAUGGAAACAGAAAAUACAUUGGCUAGUAUUAACAUCACAUUAUGCAGGUGUGGCGAAUGGAAUGAGACGUUCUCAGAAUUCUCUUUUUCUGCCGAACAACCUAUAUCAUCCGCCAUAAUUAUGUGGAGUCUUGUAGCUGUUAUUGGAACACUGAUAAUAGUCGUUGGUGUGCUGAGUUACCACAUCCACAAACUCAGACGUCGGCCCAGAAUCAGGAAACGUUUUGUUGGUGGCAAGCGUGGGAUAACUCAGCUUACAUCUAGACCCCAAGGACCAACCGACAGUUACGAAAUUUCUAUAGAGAACUGCUGCAACAUGAACAUAUGUGAAACACCUUGUUUUGAACCAAAACUCCGAACUACACCAACUAAAAGUAAGAGUACAAAAAAGGAUGAGAAGAAUUCGCUCCUGGACAGUAUGGAGGGUGCGGAUUCUUGCUAGCUGAGACUUAUAUAUUGUACGUUAGACGGCCAAUGUCACACGGGUCUUCCUUUGGGACCGUGCAGUCUUAAAAUUCAAUAUAGGUAUAUGUACAUAUAUUGAAAAAAAACUUAAGUAUUGUUGUUAAGUUUGUUAAUAUGUAUGGCGCAUCAGCAUUGCAGGGUGCAUAAGUUUGGAAUCAUUUAUCAGGUCAUUGCAAAGGAUAUAUUAUCUUUUAAAUGAUUAUUAACCAAAGUAAGUGCAAAGACGAUAAAGUAUGUGCAUACUUUAAAAAAAUAUGUGCACUGUUUCCAAAUUUAUGAUCUGCAGUCUAUCUAACUUGGACUGCAAUUUUUUUGGAUAACUGUUAGUCAUGUAUGUACAUAUUUCCUCUCUUAAGAUAUUCACAAAUAGAAGAAAACAUUUUUUAAACGAUUUUUUUCUGUCCUUUCCGUGCCCUCUUAUUUUAUUACGUUACUGUAAAGGGCUUGUCAGUAGAAGGGAACAUCAGUGACAUGACCAAAAACUUGUCAACUUUAUUGAAAUGUUAUAAUUUCAAUAUUUGAUUUUAGUCAGUUUUACACACAAUUAGGCUUUACAUUAUUUACACACUUAUUAUAUGAUCUGAAUAUAAUUACUGAUGUAACUUUUUUCUCCUUGGAGAUCAUUCGCUUUACAAGUUAUAGCUGUCGUUUUUGUUUCAGGUUUUACUUCUUAAUUCAAUUUAAUCUAAGCUGAGCUACGAUUUCUCAUAAUUAAAGUACAUCCUUGAUAAUUUUCGCAUUUAAAACAACAGAAACCAAGAACAAUCAACCAUUUGUAAAUGAAUCAGAGAUUAGGUUCUUGGCACAUGUGAUAUUAUACAACCGAAUUGAAACAAAAAUCUACAGAUGUAACUUUUGUAGGUUUUUAUAAUAAGAUCGUGGUGCAUUGCACAAAAGUCGUAGAGAAGUAUGUUGAGAACGAAACCGGAACGCAAAUAACAAUAAUAAGAAUUCCAAAAUUCAAUAUCGAAAGUCAAACGUAUCGUGGUGUGAAGCAUAGAUGCUAUUCAUGCAUCUUGUACAUUGAUAUGGGCACACGAAAUAAGGAAGUGUCACAAGGAAUAAAAAUAGUGAGUGAUAUAGGAUAGGCUUUUAAUUAGGUAAUAACAUGGUUCGAUAGAUAUUAAACUUAUUUACUUAUUUACUUAAUUACUACUGGAUAAUUUUCAGAGAAAGUUUACGCGGUAUAGUCAUCAAUAUAUGCGCACAUUUUCUCACUGCAGUAGUAUUUAUAUGUACUGCGUAGAGUGCAAGAUUACCGCGCAUGACUGUAUCUCAGGUAUACAUACCUCGAUACAUACCUAUGUAUAGUUUUACACCAAAAAUUAUGUACCAGAUGAUAAUGAAAGAAAUAUAGAUAUGUUUACUAGACAA